AUGUCCUUAUAUAUCCAAAUAUCAAAUCCAUACAUCCCCUCUCCUUGUGGAUCUUUUGGGGAAUGUAAAAAUGUGAAUAACAAAGCAGUGUGUUCAUGUUUACCAAAUUAUAGUGGACAACCACCCAAUUGUAGACCAGAGUGUGUAAUCAAUUCCGAAUGUUCUUUCAAUAAAGCAUGCGUUAACUUAAGAUGUAAAUAUCCGUGUCCAGGAUCUUGCGGCUCCAAUGCUCAAUGUAAUGUAGUGAAUCAUGUUCCUGUAUGCUACUGCUUCGAAGGUUAUACAGGUGAUCCAUUUUCUGGAUGCCAAAAAUUAAUCCCUAUCGAACAACCAUCACAUCCGUACAACUCUUCAUUUUGUGGGGCAAAUGCCAACUGUAAAGAAUAUAAUGGAGCGGGACCUUGUACCUGUAUAACUGGUUACUUUGGCGACCCCUAUACUGGAUGCAGACCCGAAUGUGUACAGAACUCUGACUGCCCUAGAGAUAAAUCAUGUCUUAUCAAUAAAUGUAAAAAUCCUUAUUCUAGAACAUGCGGACUUAAUGCAGAAUGCUUUAUUAGAAAUUAUGCUUCAAAUUGUGAUUGUUUACCUGGAUUUACAGGAAAUCCAACUAUAUCUUGCCACCAAAUACCGACAAUAAUUGAACAUUCAAGAGAACCAAUAAAUCCAUGUGUACCAUCUCCUUGUGGACCUUAUAGCUUGUGCAGGGAAAUAAAAAAUAAUGCUGUAUGUUCUUGCUUGCCAAAUUAUAUUGGGGCUCCACCGAUGUGCAAACCGGAAUGCGUAGUCAGUUCAGAUGUUCAGAUAGUUCACAAGAUAGGACAUGUAUAAAUCAGAAAUGUAAAGAUACUUGCCCUGGUUCCUGCGUACUUGACGCUAAAUAUACAGUUAUAAAUCACAAUCCCAUAUGUACCUGUCCGUCAGGAUUUACAGAAGAUCCUUUCAUUCGGUGUAUUGAGGAAAUUAAGCGUCCAAUAAUUGAAGAGCCUACCGGUAAUCCGUGUAUUCCAACACCCUGUGGUACAAAUUCGAAUAGUCUGCGAGCGAAACUCUGACUCCUAUCACGCAAAACACCAUAACAGCAGCUAAAAAUUUAGGAGGAAAUAUCUCAGUUCUUGUAGCAGGAACUAAAUGUGGACCAGCCGCAGAAGUAUUGCCUAAAACGGACGGAAUUUCUAAAGUUUCAGUUGCCGAGAGUGAUGUUUUUAAAGGUUUAACCGUUGAAAAUCUAACGGCGUUAAUUGUAGCGACACAGAAUAAAGACAAAUACACCCAUAUCCUUGCCGGCGCUUCUACUCUGGGCAAAACGGUCAUUCCCAGGGUAGCAGCUAAAUUAGAUGUAUCAUCAUUGUAAUCAUCAUAUUUUAUUUACA